AAGUAAGUGAAGAAGAGGAAUUUGAAUUUAAGCAAGAAUUAAACAAAACAAUUAGAUCAUUAAGAGGCACAUUAGUUGCAAAAAUCAAAGAGAAUAUUUUGUCACUUUUAAAGAAAGAUAAAUAUGAAAGUGACACUAAUGAAGAUCAAGAUUCUCAAGAAGACAAAUCUCAAAAUAAUGUUAUUGAUCAGAAUAAUGAUGGUGAUCAAAAUAAUGUUAUUGAUCAGAAUAAUGAAGAUGAUUAA